AGAGGAUGAGGGUGGACAGGUUCAUGUAUAGGAUUGGGAGUGACAACUAGCAAAAUUUGGAAGAUACUCACUCAUCCCCGACCCUCAUUCACGUGUUGCGACAUUAGGGUUUUUGUACUCUUUCACAGCUAUUAUCACUCCAUUCUCUAUAAAACACCACUCCCUCCAUUAUACACAGACACUCACACCCAGCUAUGGAGUCCACUCAGCUCACUGCUAUCCUUCUCCUUUCCAUGUUCUUCUUCUCCACUGCUAACCCUGUCCUCGAUUGCGGUAGCUGUGAGAAACCCCCUCCCCAUCACAAACCUGCCCCCAAACCUCCCACUGUCAAACCCCCGGUUGUUAAACCCCCCGUUGUCAAACCCCCUGUUGUGAAACCCCCCGUUGUCAAACCUCCUGUUGUGAAACCCCCCAUUGUUAAACCCCCUAUAGUUAAACCACCAGGUCUCUUGCCACCAAUUCUCCCCCCGGGAAUUCUGCCUCCAGGAGUUCUUCCACCCGGUGUCCUUCCUCCAGGAGUUCUUCCACCCCUACCACCAGGUGUCCUUCCUCCAGGAAUUCUUCCACCGGGAGUCCUGCCACCAGGGGUCCUUCCACCAGGGGUCGUGCCUCCCAUUAAGCCACCAGGCGGUCUCCUUCCUCCAGGAGUCCUACCACCAGGUGUCCUCCCUCCAGGAGUUCUUCCACCACUACCACCAGGUGUCCUUCCUCCAGGAGUUCUUCCACCAGGAGUCCUUCCUCCAGGGAUUAAGCCACCAGGCGGUCUCCUUCCUCCAGGAGUCCUACCACCAGGUGUCCUCCCUCCAGGAGUUCUUCCACCCCUACCACCAGGUGUCCUCCCUCCAGGAGUUCUUCCACCACUACCACCAGGUGUCCUUCCUCCAGGAGUUCUUCCACCAGGAGUCCUUCCUCCAGGGAUUAAGCCACCAGGCGGUCUCCUUCCUCCAGGAGUCCUUCCCCCAGGAGUCCUUCCUCCAGGAAUUCUUCCCCCAGGUGUCAAGCCGCCAGUUCUUCCACCCACGACCAAACCGCCAAGCCCCGGAACACCUUGCCCUCCAGGCGCCAAAACACCUCCCUCAGCCCCAGAGACAUGCCCACUUGAUGCCCUCAAACUGGGAGCAUGUGUUGAUGUUCUAGGUGGACUGGUCCAUGUUGGCCUCGGCGACCCCAAUGUAAACAAAUGUUGCCCAGUCCUUGCCGGAUUAGUUGAGCUGGAAGCUGCAGUUUGCUUGUGCACUACAAUAAAACUCAGCCUUCUCAAUAUCAAUCUAGCUCUUCCCGUCGCUCUGCAGCUCCUUAUCACUUGCGGCAAAACUCCUCCUCCUGGAUUUACUUGCCCUACCUAGAAGAUCAAAGUAGCCUGCCACGUAAUCGAAGUGAUGUGAUGACGCUGCAUGCAUGGAAGAAUCGGAUAUCAACUCACUAUCUCCGUGUUCUUCCGCUUAUCACAAUAAUCUCGAUUCCUUUGUAUUUGUUGUCAUUUUAUUUGUUUUGAUUUAUUACCGUACACCAAUUGUUUGUAUAACAGUUACUGUUUGACCUUCUUUUUAUUAUUGUUUGCAAUAGGCGAUGUUAAUUAAUAUUUAAGAGAUAUGUUUUCAUCAAUAAGUACAUUUUUCUUUCGGAGUC